AUGUUUGCAAAAGUAUUUUCCUCAUGGAAAUUGCAUCUUUCAAGAAGACAAUCGCUCAAAGCUGCUCAUAAAAUCAUGGUACAUCGACGAACUCCACCUCUAUCAAGUUUGUCAGAACUUGAACGUUAUGUUAAAAUGCUUGGAAUGAUUGAUCGAAAAUAUGCCUAA